AUGAACUUAAAUAACAAUUAAUUACUAGGACAACCAAAAGCUUAAUUUAAAAUGGCACAAAGUUCUUAUUAAUAACCAUAACAAUAAUAAUAAUAAUAAGGUCUUCAAGUACCAGGAUAAUCAAAAGCUAUUGAAGAAUCCCAUUGUAUAAGAGUAAUGAGCAAAGAAGUUAAAGCUGCAGCUAGAAUGCAAGAAUGGUUCAAAGGCAAAAAAUAAUAGAAAAUUUACUAAAAGAUGAAAAAAAAACAUAGAUAUAGAAAGAAUGUGAUUGCUGAAAUUAUAAAUACAGAGAGAACAUAUGUGAAUGAUUUGUCUAUUAUUUGUGAAAAAGUAAAGACUUCUUCUCUUCCUAUUUUAACACCAAAUGAUAUCGAAACUAUAUUUAUGAAUUGUGAUUAAAUCUUGGGUUGGAAUAGAGAAUUUUUGUAAGAAAUGGAAAAAGGAUAUUGUAAAUAUAAUGUUGAUAAAAAAUAAAUGCCAAAACCCUAUUAACCAGUUUUUGAUGGAAAUGCAAAAUAAUUAAAAAUACCAGAUGCUUUUGCAUUCAAAUGUUAUUAUGAAUAUUGCAGUAAAUUUACAAAAUCAAAUAAACAUUUUGAACACUUGAAAGCAACUGAUCAAAAAUUUAAAGAAUUCUUAACAUAACUAAAUAAAAAUGGGACAUUAAGAGGAAUGGACUUGGGGAGUUUCUUAGUAAAACCAAUAUAGAGGUUGCCAAAAUAUAUUUUGCUUUUUAAAGUAAAAAUAAAAAUUGAUUAUAGGAUCUAGAGAAGAAUACAGAUGAAGACUACCCUGAUUUACCUAAUAUUAAAGAAAUACAUAAAUAUUUCAAAGAAGUAAAUGAAGAAAAUAACAAAUUUAUGGAUAUUUUUAUGGGUAGAUUAUAACUUCAAUAGUUAAGUGAAUCUUUGAAAAUUAAUUAAGAUGAUUUAUUGAAUGAACCUAAUAGAAUUUAUAAGUUUGAAGAGAAGUUAACAAUAAUUUAACCAAAUGCUAAAAGUGAUGAAGAUUGUUAAGUGACAGUCCAUGCUUUAAGUGAUAUGUUGGUGGUUGUUCAUGAUGAAAAAGUUUAAAAGAAACUAAAAUUAGAUUCCUUAUCUUUUGUGAAGAAUCAGUCUGACAAUAACAAAUACUUUAGUAAUUUAUUUUAAAUUGUUGGUGUUGGUGAUACAAUAUAAUGUAUAGCUGAAACACCUGCUGCAAAAAAGAAAUAUAUUGAUUAGUUUGAAAAAUUAAUUUAAGAAAAUAGAGAACUUGAAUAUGCAAGAGAAAAAGAAAUUUGUAAAUAAUAGAUUAAAAUGAGAUAUCCUGUGUAAGUUGUUGUUGUAGGAACUGAAGAAAGGAAUUUUUAAUCAUUUACUAAACAUACUUAAUAUAUUACUGAAAUUAGUAUUAAUAAAGUGUUUUAGAAUGUAUAUUGUUAAUAAUAUUUAUUUAGAUAUUUAUAAGAUACAGUGAAAUUGAAGUUAUGUCUAUUAAAUACAAGUAAAGAUAUCCUAGAAUUGAAUUACCACAAUUACCAGAUAAAAACUGGUUAAUGAGUCAUAAAACUAAGUCUAUAGAAGCAAGGAAAAUUGCAAUCGAAAACUUUUUGUAAGCAUUACUAUAAGCAAAAGAGAUAUAAUAGGAUAGUGAUAUUUUGAAUGAGUUAAGUAUUAAUCAAUAUUUUAUUUAGAAUUACCAAAGAACUUUUUUGACUUACCAGAUUUGUAUUAAUCAAUAUUGAAAUCAAACUUAACUUAAAAAUAAUAAAAUUUUAAAAGAACAACUCUUGAAGGAAAAGAAGAAUUAAGAGAAAAAGGAAUAAAUGUUGAAAAACUCAAAACUAGUGCUGGUGAAAUAUUAAAAGCAGUUUAUAUUGAAUAGGAAACUAGAAAAAAAAGUGUUGUUUAAAUUUGUCCAAAUAAAGUUAUAUCUUAUGAUAAUUCAAAAGAUCCUAGCUUACAUAAGAUUAUAAUUACAUUUCCAGAUGGUACUGAAACUGCACUUGGUGUAACUGAAUAAACAAGAGUCAGAGAAAUUUUAGAAUAUGUUGCUAAAUAUAAUCAUCUCAUUUAUUACAAGGACUUUAGAUUAUAUUUAAUUGAUCAAUUAAAAAAAUAGAGAGUUCUUGAUGAUGAUGAAGUACUUUAUAAGGUGAUUGAAGAUGAAAGACAAAAUAAUCAUGGAAUUUUAAAUAAAUUAGAAUAAAUGCUAGCCAAAUCAAAUGCUGAGUAUGAAAUCAUUCUUAACAAAUAGAGUUCUAAUUAAGAUGAAAAAAUAUAUAUAUUUACCAGCCAAAUUAGAAGAGAGUGAUUAUAAAGAAGAUCCCAUAAGAUUAAUAAAUCUUGCUUUUUCUAUAUUAGAUGAUGUUCAUGAUUAAAAAUUACAAUUAGGCUUUAAAGAAUAUUGUCUAUUUGCAGCUCUCUAUUUUCAUAUGAAACAUUCAAGAUUAGAUGAUAAAUUAUUUGGAGAAGUAAGAAGAGUAGUUCCUUAAGAAAUGUUUCAAAGUAGUACAGAUAAAGAAUGGAAAGAUCUGGUUACCUAAUGUUUUAAAGCACUUGAUAAUGAACUUUCUUAAAUUAGUGUAACAUAUUUAAUUAUUUAGAAAAAAAAUGAAAAUGACAAAAUUUAAAAGAAACCUAAUUCAUAAUUUAAACAUACUGACAAAAAAUAUUUGGCUGCUGGAGUUACUUUGAAUGCUGCUAGAACUUUUGUUUAGAGUUCUAUGGCAAUCUUUUAAGUACAAGUCUAUGAAGGAACUUAAAAGUUUUUUAAAAAUGCAGGACUAGAAGUCCAUCCAACUAUUUAUUUAGGGUUAUCUAUUCAUAAAAUUCAUUUCCUUAAUCCUCAACGGAAAGAACAAUUUAGGGAAAUUGAUUAUGGACGUGUAAAUGGAGUAAAAUCCUAUCCUAGUUAAAUUAUUUUUGAUUUACAAAUAUUCAAAGAACCUAUAAGGUUUGACACUUACUAAAGUUAUGAAGUACUAAUUAAUUAUUAUAUAUUAGAUUAAAUCACUUGUUGAAUAAUAUUAAGCUAUUUAAAGAUUUGAUGAUGAAUAUGAAUUGGGUCAUCAAUUCAAUAUUAAACAUUGA